AAACAAGCCCUACUUUUGUUUUCUUCUGAAGGGUGAAAGCAGAAUGUUCCCGCAUUCACCUUCCUUUGGGGUUUUGAUCCUCAAAAAUGACCCGGUUCCAUAGUCAAUUUAAUCCUCUUUGGCACGGCAGGAAACAAACUUUGACACACCAGGAAACAAACACGGUUCAGGGUUUGGGAGAAUACCUUCACCCAAAGCAGGAAAACCCACAGGCUGCGAGUCUGCCCGGCAAAUCCCGACACGUGGCAGAGGGAUAGGGCAGGGCCUGGCGUCAGGUUACCAGGCAGCGCAGCCAACGCCAGCUGGUAUAAAAGCUGAGGCCAGCUAUCCCUGACGUCGGUGCUGAACCUGCAGCGCGAGCUUUCAAUUCCCGCGAAGCUGCGUGCCUCUUCCGGUGGGCGACACGAAGUCAUCUAACACUGUUUGGAGAAGCAAUUUACAAGGUAACAUCGGGUACAAGCGGGACCCGAGCGGCGUGCUCAGUUCCCAGGGAAGUAGAGCUCUGCGGGGGCUGAAUCUAAAAAGGGAGAACAAGCCAACUUCCCGGAGGAGACAAAUAAUAAUUCUGGUUGGGAGCUAGAGUACAAGAGUCCCUUACGGAUUCAGGGCACCAAACCACAAAGCCGAGCGCCUUUUGGCACCAGGGCGACCAAAGUCAGAAGCCAGCACUAAGAAUCUGUGCUUUCGGUCAGUGAAGGGAAGCACAAAGCUGCGCGACCCCAAGUGCAGCUGACAGGACAGGAGAAAAGCAAUGUUCCAUCACUAAACAACAAACAGUUCACAACCGUGAGCUACAGUCAGCCCUGUCCCAGCAAGGCAGCGAAACCGCAGAGUGCGCCGUGCGGGUGGUCUGUGUGCUGCAGGGAGUCAGUCCUGGGCAGAGAGUAACCGCGCCCGCGCCGGCCUCACAUGUGGUGCCUGGAGCGGCUGCUGCGGGGCAGGGACCGGAUCCUCAGGAGUCGCGCCCGCCGCUCCAAGGCGCGCUCCCCCGCCACCUGCGCCAACGUGCUUACCCCGGACCGCAUCCCCGAGUUCUGCAUCCCACCGCGACUCGCGCCUCGCUUAGCCCUGGCCGCCCUCCAGAGCCCCCGGGCGGAGGAGGUCGCAACAGACGACGGCGCCAGCUGCACCGACUGGGACCCGCGCUCGCAGGCUGCGCUCUCGCUGCCGCACGUGCCCCGUGCGCGCACCGCCUACGGCUUCUGCGCGCUGCUCGAGAGCCCGCACACGCGCCGCAAGGAGUCGCUCUUCCUCGGGGACCCCGCGCCGCGCCCCCGGGCCCGCACCUACGGCGGCGGAGAGGUGGGAGCCGCGCCCCUCGCGCCCACGCGGGCACCAAGCAGCGCUGUCCCCUGCCCGCCCCGGGACACGCCCGCCCCGGAGCCCCACAGCCGCCGCCGCCGCCGCCGCCGCCUCCUGCGCGCCUCCGACCGCCUACUGAGCCGCGCGCUUCGGGCCCGGGGGAGUCGUGGCCCAGCCCGCGCCCGCUCGGUCUCCAGCGAGGAGGACGACGACCACGACAGCUACGGCAACGGUGACGGUGACGAGCGCCACAAGGACGCGCAGCCCCCGAUCGAGCGCCUGCAGGCAGAGGGCGCCGCGGCUCUGGAUCCCGAUCCCGGCGCGCGCGGCGGGCGCCUCCGCCUGCGGCUGCUGCGCCCCGAGAGCCCAGCCACGGACGCCCCCGAGUCCCGCGUCUCUUGCCGCAGCCGCCACCUGGCCCUGCGGCCGACGAGCCCCACACGCGAGCAGCGCCGCCUGAUGCUCGGCUGGAGCCGGGGGUCUGCUGCAGACCCGGAGCCAGACUGCACUGGGGCGUCAGGGGAGCCGGUGCGCCGUCUGACUAUGCGCGUCCGGGUAGGGCACACAGGGCGCCCACGGGCACGGGGCUCCCUAGUGCUGGGCUCGCUGCUGCUGCUGCCCUGAAGAUGCACCGUGGACUCUCCCACACUGACAGCUGCUCUGUACAAAAUAAAUGUGUUUUAUCCUUUUA